AGCUUCUCUCUGCCCUCUGCUCCUCCUCUGUUACACUCCACUACUCCCCCACUCCAUUUUCAGUACCAAUCUGCUCUCUCUCUCUCUCUCCCCUUUUUAAAUUUCAAACCCUCUUUAUCUUUAUAAAGACCACCAAACUUUCACCAUCCCUGUACCCUGGCUCUCCCAACCAUGGAAGCUUUCAGCUUGCUCAAGUAUUGGCGAGGCGGUGGCGCCACCUCCAACGCCGCCGCUACAACCAUUGUCACAGCUGUGACCCACCACGGACCAGACACCGACGACGACGAUGGACCCUUCUUUGACUUGGAGCUCACUGUACCUCCCGACGAAGACGAGCAAGCGAAGCUCGAAGAUGUCGAUGAGGAUGAAGAUGAAGAUGAAGAUGAAGAUGAAGAUGAAGAGGAUGAUGGGUUCAAGUCUGAUGCAACAACGGACGGUGAGGAUGAUGAUGAUGAUGAGAGGGAGUUCAAUCUCUCUCCCUCUGACGAUUUGUUCUUCAAUGGACGACUCGUUCCGAUCGCCGAAUCAAAGACGAAAUUGCAAUCGUCUCUGUUGAAAUCAUCGGCUACGAAGUUUCGAGUCAUGAUGUUGAAAUUGAAGAAAUCCAAGGCAAAUGUGGGAGUGAAAAAAGAGGAAACAUCUGAGAAACAGAAACAGAAACAGAGCAAGUUUUUGACGGUGAAAUUGAAGGUUGAAGAAGUACCGAUUGUGUCUCUGUUCACCAGAGAUAACAGUUCUCGAUCUUCCUCUGGUACCCAGAAGCAACAGAGCUCAGAUGAAUCGGCUUUCGAAGAUAAGAAAUUCUCCAAGUACUUGAAGAAGGUCAAGCCUCUCUACGUUCGAGUCUCGAAGCGAUACGGAGAAAAACAGAGGUUUUCAGGGCAAUUAAGCUUAUCUCCGGCAAAGUCUACGGUGGCGAAGAGAGAGUCAGAACAGGCGGAGGCGAUGGAACAACCACCGCCGGCGGCGGCGAGAAAUGGGAAGAGUCAGAAACAGGGGAGUUUGCCGGCGGGGCUGCGAGUGGUGUGUAAGCAUUUGGGGAAGAGUCGAUCAGCGUCGGCGGCGCCGUGUUCUGGGUCGAUUCAGGCGAAAAGGAAUGACGACUCGUUUUUGCAGCAACAAGAUGGGAUUCAAAGCGCCAUUCUACACUGCAAGAGAUCGUUCAAUGAACAAAAAUCCAAAGAUUCGGAUUUGUCUGUUCUGUUUCGGUCAGUGAGCGAUACGACGCACGAGAAAUCCAUGAACAUGUCGAUGAAGUGUUCGAUGAAAUGCUCAGAAGAGCUUAAAGAGACUGGCAUUUGAGAGA